UUUGCUGGCGAUCACUGGCACUUGGCAAGAGGAUCCUCCAAGGCCACGUCCAGAGUGCGGCCAGAAGCGGCAGGCAAAAGGAGUGUCAGGAGCCUCUGGUGACAGAGUACUUGAGUAAUAUCUGCUGACAGCAAAAAGUCUGUCCAUUGUCAGCAAAUUUUUUGAAGAUUACACCAAGAUGAAUAUCAAAGACUUCUUAACUGUACAGAAGAUACUAAUUCUGUCAUACAGAAUUUUAUUGGGCCUUUCAUUGCUGGGAGUGUUCCUUGCACCAUUCAACUUUGGAUAUGGUCCAGUGUGCAAAGCUCCUGUACCAACUGUUAAUGUUUCAAGCAUCAAUUGGACAAGAGACUUUUUUGAAAGAGAGGAAUAUCAAGCUUAUUAUCAUUAUGUGCAAGAAACAGAAGAUUAUGGAACAUACCUACUUGUACCCAGCUUCUAUGUAAUGCUACCCUGUGGUGUAGGCAUGCUGUUUGCUGGGGUCUUCGUUUUGGUUGAUUUACUUUCAAAAGACAUUGUGGAGACCACCGUAGGCCUGUACAGUUCCUUCGGACUUCUGAGCAUGGUGGUUGGCUUUACAGGAGCAUAUCAACAUAGGUCUGAAUAUCUACCUAAAGGAUAUGAGAAUUUCAUAUUGAGUUACAACUGGAUUACAGCAAUUCAUUCACUUAUGUUGAUAUUACUAAUACUGCAGAUUAUUUUGUCCAUUCGGGAAUUGUGUCGACAAAAUGUGCGAUGGCCUACGAUCCAUUUCAGCCACUUUUUCACUAUUGGUAUGGUGGCAAGAGCUGUUUUGUUGAUUUUUGCCACAUAUUUGAGCAUAGCCUUUUUCGUCUCUGUGCUUGAAGGAUAUCGGUUUGGAGGAUAUGACGAUCCUGUUUUUCGCUAUCCAGAAUAUUUUUUUAUGCCAUGUGCUGUGGCAUGUCUGUAUGGAGUACUGGUUGCAUUUGAAGCUUUUACCUCCCAGAUAUUUGGACAUGUUCAUGAUAAAAUGAUGGGCAUCAGUGGCUUGGUAAUGAGUGCUGGUUAUGCCGUUGUUGGUAUUAUCUUUCUUCCACCCAUUACAAGUGAUAUUUUAUCCGAAAAUAUAAGUGAUCCUGUUUUGAUUUUCUCUUGGGUAUGCUUUAGUGUCAGCCUGAUAUAUGCAGGUCUUUGCUUGGUUGUUCCAAGGGCACUGAAUACACCCCCAGCCAUUAUAAGGUAUCUUGCAUAUGGAAUGUCACAUAUGAAAUGUUGGGGACACUCCACGGAAGUAAGAGAAAGUGAAGCUUGUAACUGCAAAAAUAUCAAAAUAUUCAGAAAAAUUGCUGCCUUGUGGGAAAAUCUGAAAAAGAGUGAUUCCUUAAGGACAAAUAUGAUACUUAUGAUUCUGUCCUUUUUGUGUAUAGUCCUUAUAUCAGCUGAAUGGACCUAUAAUGCAAGUUGUGUGAUAAUGCUGUUUUCAGACAUAGCAAUCUUUUACCGAGCUUUUCCUGCACUGGUGUCAGAAUUAUCUUCCAAUGUUUGCCCAGUUGUUCAACCUCUACAGAUUAUCUGUCUCUAUGUCUUGGAGACCAUGCCACUUUUUGUGGGCCUUAUCUAUAACUACUUCACUUUACAUUCUGGUGCAAUUUUAACUGCUAAUAUCUUGAACAUCAUAGUCAUCAUUUUCCAGUUGUACAAGGUGCAGACCUAUCCUGAAGUGAAGGCAGAAAUAAGGGCAAUGCUUGAGGCAAAGAAUCCAGAGAGAGGGAAAGUACAAGCUUCAGAUGAUGAACAGCCUCUGCAUAAAGUAACUGGCAAACCUGAUGAUGUAGAAGGCAAUGAAGACAGUGUUCCUUCUGAUUAACUGUAAACCUGUUUGAUAUGCAGCAGUCUUUAUUGCUGCAUUUUGAAAAUUAAUUCUUCUUUUAAAGGAUUUUCUGAUAAAUAUUAAGGCACUACUGUAUUAUUAUUUUAAUCUUUCAUUUCCUGUACUCAUUAUAUUUACUUGUAAGUUAGUUGUGUUGCACAUGCCCAUGAAUCUGUUUUUAAAUGUCUGAGUUUUACCACUGUCAGGACCUAGUUUUUAGGAAUUCAAAUCCUUGUCCCCCCCUUAUAAAUUUCUACUGAUGAUACUCAGGUGUAUGUGCGAGUGUGUGUGUGUUUGUGUUAGGCUGAGUGUGCGAGUGUGUGUGUGUGUUUGUGUUAGGCUGAGUGUGCGAGUAAGUGCAUGCAUGCCACAUGCAUGGAUUUAUGUGGUGUGGUGGUGUGUGAUAUGACAUGGUGUGUGUUUGUCUGCAUGUGGGCAUUUGUGCUUAUGUACAUGUACUUUUGUCUAAUAAAAAGUAUUAAAGGUGACCUCAUUCCUGCAAUUGGAGGAUGAAAAUACAUCAAGUUGGUUUUGUAAAUGUUUGGUACCAAUCUCACUAAGGACUACAAUAACUUAAAUUGUAGAAAUGGUAAAUUAUUUUGAAUGUAUCCUGCAAUUACUAUUUUUUUAAGUAAUUUAGAUUAGACAUUUUCCAGGAGUUGCACUACUUUUAUCUUGCCAGCUCAGUAGGCAUUGGCAGAAGUUAUUGCUUGUGUACACCUGGGAACUUGAUGAAAAAUGCUUUAUUUUGGUCCAGAACAUGAAUGAACACUGUACAUGCCAUAUACUUAGCAGGUGAAUUCAUAUUCUUAUUCACUUGCUGCAUGGAUUAUUUCAAAGAAGUGGAAUAGUAUUGAUAAGGCUUUUGUCAUGGUAUUUGCUGUUAGUCUUUAUAGUGAAAAUUUACGAUACAGAAACAUAAUGAUGUUUUGUAUUUACACUUUUGAACUCUUAAAUAUAGCACAGAAUUCCAAAGUUAUUCUAGUCCUCUUAGCAACAGACACUGUUUCUGUGUUCAAAAGAUGAAUAUUCAUUAGUUAUUAGUUUAGUUAUUAGUUUACUAUUUUAGAAUUAACUAAUGAGGUUUAUUGUAUUGCACUGAAAAUGCAAUUUUUUGUUAUAUUUUCUUGCUUUACAUAUGUAAAACAAAAAGUAUUAUAAUAGAAUGCAUAUUUCUUAUAAA